AUGCUUUGGAGGGCAGGACCUCAGGGGUUAGUGAUAUCUAAAAGAUACCUGGAAAUUUCAUUGACAGAACAGACUAAAAGUGCCCCUUAGACAAAAUGGUGCACAAAAUGUUCUGUUGCCUGUUUUUUCCAAGAGUCUUACCUCAGGUGGAAAAAACUUGUGAUAGCCAUGUUAUCAGUGAUCAUUCACUGAAAGUUUUCAUAAGUUUCUACUGGAAACUUAAGUAGUAAAACAGUGCAAAAUGUUUGGCAGAUACAUUGUAUCUAAAGAAUUAUUUAGAUACUGGGAGAGUAUGGAAUGACAACUGUUGUAUUUUGUGUGGAGAUUUUUGAGGAGGACUGUACUUUUUAUUGGUCUAAACAUUUGCUCUCUCUUGUAAAUUUUCAAAAUUGCAAGUGUUUCUCUUUCCUUUGAAAUAUUUAAAACUUAGUUGGAUGCAAAGACCUUAUAAAAUCUCAGUAUACAGGUAGGUGACAUCUCUAGAUGACAUCUCUAGAUGUUUUGGUUUGGACUUUCUUUAAAUUUUUUUUUCUUCACAUUUUUCUCUAGGCUUAUAGCUGCUAACAAAAACCAGAGUAUAACCACAGGCUUUUCUGCCAAGCCUAAAGGAAAAAUUGACAAUGCUGCAGGUAAUUACAGUGUAUAUUAUUUAAAGUGUGGUGAAAUUAACAUGUUUUCUUGUUCAGCUUUAUCAAAAUUUAUCAUUUUUAAGAAACUUUUCGUUCCUUUUCCAACAUUUGGUUCAAUGAAAAUGAGCCAAAUGUUUAACCCUUUAACUCCCAUGAGUGACUGAAUCAAAAUUUCUCCUCACAAUAUCAAUACAAUAUCAACCAGAUAAGUGAUGAGAAUAAAGAAAAAUAUCAAUAUGAGGAUAAUAAGUUGAUCCAAUACUGAAUUCUCUGAACAAACAUUAUAAGAAUUUUAUGGUUGACAGUAAGAAGAAACACAAAUUUGAUCUAGGAGUUAAAGGGUUAAAACACAAGUUUUGUGACUGUUAUAGCCACUAAAUGUAAGUAGAUUUGGUACCAGAAUCAACACAAGACCAGAAACCUUGUGUCCUGAUCAUUACAAGGAAUGCUUUAAAUGAGUUGCUCAAUAACUUCUUUUUUUUGCUCCACUAUAACCUUUCUGCAGAAUUUGUCCUAGCCACAAUUGAUGAUAUAGUGAACUGGGCUCGCAGGGUAAGACUGAGUGAAAAGAUUUGUACAAGUGCAUGUUGUGAACACAGUGAUAAGAAUAUGUUUCUUUAUCUUUUUGCUGUCUUAAGGUGUUUAUCGGUAUCAAUGUAACAGAAAAUUUUAGUAUGUAUAUGGCUACACCACCAUUGUAGUUUGAUAUUUUGUAGUUGAUGCAUAGAUAUAGUACUAUAGACUGUACAGCAACUUACAGCUUUGGAUUUGUUUUCUAACAGCUACAUGUAUAUACACUUUGCUUUUGAUAUUGCAUUGUGUUAAUAUCCUUUCUUUUGCUUUCAGGGCUCCUUGUGGCCAAUGACAUUUGGUCUUGCCUGUUGUGCUGUGGAAAUGAUGCAUUUUGCUGCACCCAGGUAUAAAAAAAAAGAAGAUUGUGUUUUAUAUUAUUUACCUUUUGAUAAAGACAGUAGUAGUAGUAGUGAUAAUUGACUCUGAGACCUGUUUGUACUUUUCUUUAGGUAUGACAUGGAUAGGUUUGGUGUUGUGUUCAGAGCAAGCCCUGUAAGUAUACAUACAACAAUCAUUGAUAUCAUGUGCUACCAUUUUAAUAGUUGUCUACACUGAACACUUUGUUUUAAUUGACACAUGUUACAACUUCUGCCAUACAUUGUUGACUGUUAUUUUUUAAGAUAUGAAAUACAUGUAGAUGAUAUUUGAGUUAGGUUAUUCAAAUUACCAUUUAGUUAAUAUGUCAUAGUAUGACUUCAGAGUGGUGAAAAACUUGAUAGAAAGUUAGUCAACACUUUGGAAGGCACAACCAAAGAAUACUCAUCAGAACUACAUGUACAUCACAUAUGGGCCAAGUGUAAAUUUAUGUACAUUUUUCAACCCUUAGCAGUUCUUGGAAACAAUCUCUUUUACUUUGUGGCUGGAAUUUAAGUUAAAGGCUGUGUUGCUGCAAUCUAUUUUUGUUAAUGUAGGGCAAUUGAUAAAAAAAAAAUAGUUGGGUAUUACUGAGACACCUUAGAGUGAUCUACAGCUGUACAUGUAGCUUAUCAAUGUUCAUUUUUAUAUCAUGCUUACCAUUCUCUAAACUGUUGCUUUGGGCAGCGUCAAGCAGAUGUGAUGAUUGUGGCUGGAACUCUGACAAAUAAAAUGGCUCCUGCUCUGAGAAAGGUACUUGUAGAUGCAAUGGUCCAUGGUGGUGAAAAAUAUUUUUUGAAGUAGUUGUAUGGUAGAUAUGUAAUAUUCUUGGUUUGACUUUUUUUCAUUUAGAAUCUUUAAGAAUACGUGCAUACACAUAAAAUGUAUACACUUUUCAAAAUCUAAGUGACAGUUGCAUGGUAGUUGUUACAAACUCAGACAAGUAAUUUGCACAACUGAUUACUGCGCCAAUUACUGUAGAACAGUAGAAGUGCUGGAUUAGUCAGGCUUUGUUAUAGUGAAACUGAUUCUCUGUAGAUGUUUCUAAGCCACUUCAUAUUCACCCACUACUUGAUCCUUGUUUCAGGUCUAUGACCAGAUGCCUGAGCCUCGCUGGGUUAUCUCAAUGGGAAGGUAUGAGGUGACAUUUUUCUUGUGGUGUGAAUGGUUUUUGUGUUACUGUAUAAUUUUCUGGUGGGUCAUUAAGACGGCAAUAUUAACGAGGAGUUGAGAGGGCCAGAUUUUAGCCCUGGCAGGGUCAUUGUUUUGUGUUCUUGUGCAAGAUUCUUUGUUGAGCUUAGUCCAUCCUGUGUAUGGGAGGCCAGUCCUUUGCAGGCUAUGCCCAGCCUUUCCUCUCCCCCCUCCCCCCUUUCUUCAGCAUUUUUAUUGGCUUCCCAGACGGAUCACCAUCACCCACUAGAUAUGGUUGGGAAGAGGUACUGUGACAGUACAGUGUCUCAUACAAUGACACGGCAGCUAGAUCCAGUGCACUAACUGUUAGAUCACCGUUUCUAUUAAGGAGUCUAAAUGGCAUACUCGUAACCUAUGAUGGACUUACGUCACAUCCAAGGAGAGAAGCAGAACUCUUACUUAAAGGCAUAUCUUGUCACAGAAACCCUGAUAAGCUUCUCUGUCUUACAGUUAAGUUAAACUUUUGAUGUCUCCAUUUGAUGAUAUCUGCUUUUGCUUUCUCAUCUGAACAGCUGUGCAAAUGGCGGAGGUUACUAUCACUAUUCCUACUCGGUUGUCCGUGGCUGUGACAGGAUAGUUCCAGUAGAUAUUUACGUCCCAGGCUGUCCUCCCACAGCAGAGGCUCUGCUGUAUGGAGUGUUACAGCUGCAAAAGAAGAUUCGCCGCAGUGAGCCUAUCAGAAUGUGGUACCGCAAAUAAGGUUAGUACAUAAUAAGAUAUUUCUGUUAGAUGCCCGAAAAGCUUCCCUUUUUUUUUUUUUUUUUUUUUUUUUUUUUUUUUAAACCCCUUUAAACCAUAUCAUCAGUAUGCAUAUUCUCCUCAGUGUUCUCUAUACAUUUCCGAAGGUGUUGACCAAGAGAAUUUGUCAAAGAAUGAAGAGUUUCUUUAAUUGGUGAUCAUUUCCUUUAUUCUCGUGACCUUAGUGUGUGAUUCAACUACUAUACUGUUAGGAGAAAUUAGACGCUAGUCACUUUUAGGUGUGAAAGGGUCAAGAGAGGCACCUGUCAUCGAUUGAAUAAUAAUAAAAUUCAAAGCCAGUGAAUCCUCUAAUGAUUUCCCGUAAUCAAUUCAAAAUUGCUUUCUGCUUUUCAAUCAAAGUUUGUUCCGAUCGUAUGUUAUUUACAUUCAUUCUUAUUUUUGAUUUUGCUUCAGGUUUUCGCUGCUUCCCGUUUUGAUCCUUUGCUGUGUGAUUGUUGGUUUAAAAUUCCUUUUUUUACUGUACAUAUAAUGUAAAAGCGCUUGUCGCUCGCAAUUUACAGGCUUUGACAUUGAAAUUUCUGAUUUCACAAGUAUUGCAAUCAUUUCCUGCCCUAAUUUCCAUAUCACGGAUAUUGUGCAAGAGGUAACGAGAUCGAAAUGACUGUCUAACUGAGAUAGGAAAGUCUAGAUGUUGCCCUUUGUUUGACAGGUAGAAUUGUUCAGAACUAGGAAUUCGAUGUAUGGUGUUUCAAUCCUCGGAGAAAAGUGAAAGUAAAUGAUAUUAAAGCCUAUUUGUAUGAUUGGUGCUUUAUUUGAAUCGUUUUAAGACGGAUGGCUCUGUAUUUUUUCUUCAGUUGGGUUACCCUUGGUUGCUCUAAGGAGAGAAUGUGACGAAAAGGCAGGGAAAUUGAAGCUACAAAAAUUUUUUUAAAACUACGGAUCUGAUACUUAUGAAAGCUGGUUUCUGAUCACUUUAUUUAUUAUUUUUUUUAUCGAUGACGAGAGGAAUUUUAUAUCCCAUCCCGCAUU